ACUCAUAGCCACUUGAUAUAUAAAAACGAAAUAAAGUUCUUCAAAAGGAACCUUAUGCUUGUCUCCUCACCGAGUCACCGUUUCUAUGAUUCUAUCUAUGCAUCAAAAAUGGAGUUUUUGAGAACUUUUCUUUCUCUCUUUGCAAAUUUUCUCCUGUUAAAUCUUUUUCUUUCUCAUGUUCCUUCGAUUUCAGCCCAGUGGACUAACCACGAAGACUUUCUCAAGUGUCUUUCUUACACUAUAAACAACUACACCGUUGAUAUAAGAAUCAUACACACAACCAAAGACCCUUCCUUUUACUCAAUCUUGAAUUCUUCCAUACAAAAUCCAAGAUUCUCUGUUCUUGAAACACCUAAACCAGUCUCAAUCAUUACUCCGGUUCAAGUCACGCAUGUUCAGUCCACGGUUAAAUGCGCACGGUUUCACGGUGUCCACGUCAGGACCAGGAGCGGUGGGCAUGACUACGAAGGCUUCUCUUACAUCGCCAAAAGAAGACCGUUCGUUGUCAUUGAUUUGAGAUAUCUCCGGUCUAUAACAUUAAAUAUUGAUAACCGGACCGGUUGGGUCCAAUCCGGAGCAACAGUUGGGGAAUUGUACUACGAGCUUGGGAAGUUGAGCAAAUCUUUAGCCUUUCCGGCCGGUCUUUACCCAACGGUUGGCGUUGGAGGGCAAUUCGGAGGUGGAGGGUAUGGUACGUUGAUGAGAAAAUAUGGUUUGUCGGCGGAUAAUAUAAUUGACGCGCAUAUUGUGGACGCGAACGGAAGCUUUCUUGACCGACAAGGCAUGGGUGAGGAUCUCUUCUGGGCUAUCCGUGGAGGUGGGGGAUCGAGCUUUUGCAUUGUCAUAUCAUGGAAGAUUAGAUUGGUUGAUGUUCCAACGGUAGUAACUGUCUUUCUUGUUAAUAAAACAUCAGAAGAAGAGGCUGUCUCGGUCUUUAACAAGUGGCAGUAUAUAGCAGAUAAGGUUCCUAAUGAUCUGUUCAUAAGAGCUAUGUUGCAGAAGGAAACUAAGGUCUACGCUUCGUUCCCGGGACUUUACCUCGGUCCGGUAAGCGAUCUAUUAGUGUUAAUGAAGAAGAAGUUUCCGGAAUUAGGUCUUGAGGUUGAAAAUUGUAGAGAAAUGAGUUGGAUUGAGUCUGUUCUCUAUUUUAUCAAAGAAGAUUCGAUGGAUAGUCUUGCGAAACGGAAACGAACCUCGAGAUCUUUUAAAGGGAAAGACGAUUUUAUUCAAAAACCCAUACCUAAAAGCGCAAUUCGGUAUCUCUGGAGACGGUUCUACGCACCAGAGGCUCAGCGUGCUAAGAUCAUAUUGACUCCAUUUGGUGGUAAAAUGAGUGAAAUUGCGGAAUCUAAAAUACCAUUUCCACAUCGAAAAGGGAAUCUUUAUGAGAUUCAAUACUUGGCUUAUUGGAGUGAAGAAGAAGAUAAGAAUGUGACUGAUACGAAAACAUACUUCAGAUGGGUUGAGAGCGUACACAAAUUUAUGACUCCUUAUGUUUCAAAAUCUCCAAGAAGAGCUUAUGUUAAUUUUAGAGACAUUGAUUUGGGGAUGUAUCUUGGGAUGAGUAUGAAGACAAAGUACGAGGAAGCAAAGAUUUGGGGAGUUAAGUAUUUUAAAAACAAUUUCGAUAGAUUGGUGAGAGUUAAAACUAACGUUGAUCCAAUGGAUUUCUUCUGUGAUGAACAAAGUAUUCCAAUUCUGAAAUCUUUUACUUAAAAUUUUCAAAUUUGUUUCCUUUAAUAAUCGAAUUAAACCAAGUGAAACAAAAAUAAACCGAAUUUUUGUAAACCGGUU